AUGGAGAAGGAUCUGGAAGAUCAUGAGUAUGAUACACAAGCAGAGACCGAGGCAAUGGCAAAAGCAACAACAAAGGAGGAGACGACUAGUGUUCAUCAUGACACCAACAACAAGAUUUCCAAGAUGGAUAUUCUUGAUAAUGCCAACAGUGUUUCCAAACCUACGGCAAGUGACGAUGUUGUCGCAAAACCAAAAAAAGUAGACUCCACUUUAGAGGAAGAUGGCAUUUUAAAGGAGACCCUCUCGCCCGGCAAACAAGAGGAGACACAUGGACCAUUUGACUGUGAGGCAGCCACGGUAGCAGCCUCCACAGUGGCAGAGCCCUUAAUAUUGGAGAGGGAUGUGAGACAACGACAGCAGGUGACUCGUCCUGGAGCGUACCUGGGAGCACCUGGAGAAGACUUGCAACGCACAACAACUCUGAACUAUGACCUGGUCAAUGCUGGUAUGGACACUUCUACCCCCAUGCAAAUGCCCCAUAUUACACAAGAUACUCGUGCUAGUGGUGCACAGCUGGCACGAGCAAAUCUUGUAGAAGAUGAUGACACUGGCAACUUGAUGCAUGCCAAUCCAGUCGAUCUGGAAGCUGCUCAGCGUCGGCAACAAGAACGGAAGAGUCAGCAGCAAUUCGGAAUUGCCGCACUGAUUUGGUUGCUACUGGUUUUGGGCAUUAUUGUUGGGUUUGUGGUUGGAACCCAAAAACAAAAGAAGCCAGAGGUUAUCAUUUCCACAGGGACACCCACUGCCUAUGGUUCCAUGGAACCUUCCCAAGUGCCAACAUCUGCCCCCACAGGUGUUCUUGAUUGGCUUUUGGAUAACCUACCUGAUUACACCUUGGCCAGCAUCAAUAAUGGCAGUGAAACCCCCCAAUGGAAAGCAUGGAAUUGGCUUGCCAAUCAUCAAAACGUCACAUUUCUUCCAGAGUGGAGGAAAAUGCAACUCUUUGCUCUUUCUACGUUCUUUUAUGCUUUUGAGGGAGAAAAUUGGAACCCUCUCAUAAAGAAUCGAUGGAUGGACGAAACAACAGGGGAGUGUGAGUGGUUCUCCAGCGGAUUUGGGUCGUUCUUUUUGGGCUCCUACUGGCCGGUGCCAGACUCCUCGAGAGUUGAUUCAUGUGAUGGCCAUGGGCAAUUCACCUCUCUUUGGCUUACAGGCCUCCACCUUUCAUCGGGGUUGACACCUGUGGUUCCACCCGAGAUUGAACUCUUGACUUCCCUGUCCCGCGUUGCUUUGGAAAAUAUUGAUAUUGCAAUGACAUUGUCUGAUAUGCUACCUACCACAUUCUACGAAAUGUCUUGCUUAACUUCUUUGAGCUUUGGCGGUGAUCAACUUAAAGGCAGCAUUCCUACAGUAUUCUACAAAAUGACUUCCUUAGUGGAAUGGAGCUUGUUGGAUAAUCAGCUGACCGGCACAAUUGCGACAGAGCUUGCUAUGCUGGAUGCUUUGGUUGAGCUUCGAUGGGAUUAUAAUCAGUUCACAGGACAGAUUCCACCAGAACUCGGGCAGAUGACUGCUUUGGAGGCAAUCUAUUUGGGGGAAAAUGAUUUGUCAGGUCAGAUUCCUACAGAGCUGGGAUUACUCACAGCUUUGACAAGAAUAAGUCUUCGUUACAAUCUGCUUACUGGCCAAAUCCCAACAGAAAUUUGGCAGUUGUCCUCUUUGAAAAACCUUUUAUUGGAUGAUAAUGGUUUGACAGGUCAAAUUGCCACAGAAUUUGGACAGCUCAGCUUUUUGAAAAACCUUGGGCUAUCCCAAAAUCAGUUCAAAGGGAAGAUCCCAUCAGAGCUUGGAUUGUUAUCAUCUAUGAGAGAGUUUGCCACCGGUAAAGGGGGUGUCUGGGUAGGGCAAAAUCAGCUCACAGGACAGCUGCCUACAGAACUGGGACAGUUGUUUUCUUUGCGGUGGCUAUUUUUUCAGGAAAAUGAACUAACAGGUCAGAUUCCUGCAAAUUUCUGGUCUCUGACCAAUUUGUGGGAUUUUCACGGUUUUGGGAAUUCCCUUGGUGGAUCGAUACCAAGUGACAUUGGACUGUUAACGUCACUGGUUAGGCUAGAUCUUUCCAGCAAUCUUGUGACUGGAACACUCCCGAGCGAGGUUGGCUUCCUGUCAAGAUUGAACACUUUGAUGCUUCAAAACAACUCGCUCACAGGAACUCUUCCCCAGGAACUGAAUUCCUCUGGUUUUAGCGAACUCAGACUUGAGGGGAAUGAAUUCUCAGGGACCGUUCCAGAACACCUUUGUUCUUUUCUGUGGUGCGAUUAUUGUUCCACAAGUGAUUCUUCUCCCGUGUCAACCUGCGCGGACCUGCAGGAAAUCCCAGGCUGGCCAGGAAGGUUUCCACCCAUGUGUUUGGAAAGAUGUAGCAGCAACAUUGUGCUCAACAUACAGAUUGAUGGGCAACCCGUUCUCAUUUCUUGGGGUUGGCAGGAGCAAACAAAUGUGGCUGGAGUUUGGAGCCAACUGGAAGGAUGGAGUGGGAAACCCAUACCUCGGCUUUUCCUGCACUCCUUCAUUCUUGAUGCUGCCCCAAACACAGUGUAUCGGCUUGUUGUAUCUGACAGCGGGGGUGAUGGCCUUUCUGAUGCGAAUUCCCGCGAGUGGGUUACGGGUAGUUACCCAGGUUGGAUUACGCUGACUGCAGCCAAUGAAACAGUGCUGUUUUCCUUGGGCAAUGAUGCUUUCUCUGAAUUGACGGUGGAUGUUUUGGUUGGACCUGAUGGGUCUGUCCAAAUCACAAAUACCACUACUGUCUUGAAUCCAUGCACUGCGACUAGUGCAGGACUAGAAUGUGAUGAUUAA